CUUCCGGCCCACGUGGGCCGCGCAGGCACAUGGCCGCGAGCAUGCCGCCGGACGAGGACGUGCAGCGGCUCCUGAUCCAGUUCCGGGACGAGGCGGGGGAAUCCCUGGGCUCCCCCUUCGACGUCCCGGUCACCAUCACCCCGGACAAGCUGCAGCUGGUCUGCAAUGCUCUCCUGCAGAAGGAUGAACCGGUGCCUCUGGCAUUCUUCGUCCACGAUGUCGAGAUCGUGGCGUCGCUGGAGAAGACCCUGGCGGGGCAGAGCGUGGAGACGGAGAAGGUCCUGGACAUUGUCUACCAGCCGCAGGCGGUGUUCAGGGUGCGGGCGGUGACCCGCUGCACCAGCUCCCUGGAGGGGCACACCGAGGCCGUCAUCUCCGUGGCCUUCAGCCCUACGGGAAAGUACCUGGCGAGCGGCUCUGGAGACACCACUGUCCGCUUCUGGGACCUCAGCACGGAGACGCCGCAGUUCACAGCCAAAGGUCACCGGCACUGGGUGCUCAGCAUCGCCUGGUCGCCCGAUGGCAAGAAGCUGGCCUCGGGCUGCAAGAACAGCCAGAUAUUUCUCUGGGACCCGGCCACCGGCAAUCAGAUCGGCCGGGUGCUCUCGGGCCACUCCAAAUGGAUCACGUGUCUGUGCUGGGAACCACUCCACAUAAACCCAGAGUGCCGUUACCUCGCCAGUGCCUCCAAGGAUGGCAGCAUCCGCAUCUGGGACACACUGAUGGGCAGGUGUGACAAAAUCCUCACGAGCCACACGCAGUCGGUGACGUGUGUGAAGUGGGGGGGUGAUGGCUUGCUCUACUCCUCCUCCCAGGACAGGACCAUCAAAGUCUGGAGGAGCCAGGACGGUGUCCUCUGCCGCACAUUGCAGGGCCACGCUCACUGGGUGAACACCAUGGCCCUUAGCACCGACUACGUUCUCCGCACUGGUGCCUUCGAACCUGCUGAAGCCACCAUCAAUCCACAGGAUGUGAGUGGCUCCUUGGCAGAACUGAAGGACAAGGCACAGCAGAGGUAUGACCAAGUCAGGGGCCAGGAACCAGAAAGGCUUGUCUCGGGGUCAGAUGAUUUCACACUGUUUCUUUGGAGACCAGCAGAAGACAAGAAGCCGCUGGAGAGAAUGACGGGCCACCAGGCACUGAUUAACCAAGUCCUCUUCUCGCCAGACACCCGGAUAAUAGCUAGUGCUUCCUUUGACAAGUCCAUAAAGCUCUGGGAUGGUAGGACAGGAAAGUACCUGACGUCGCUGAGAGGGCACGUCUCAGCUGUGUAUCAGAUCGCCUGGUCAGCUGACAGCCGCUUGCUGGUGAGCGGGAGCAGUGACAGCACGCUGAAGGUCUGGGAUGCCAAGAUGAAGAAACUGGCAAUUGAUCUUCCUGGCCAUGCGGACGAGGUGUAUGCAACGGAUUGGAGCCCGGAUGGACAGAGGGUAGCAAGUGGAGGGAAGGAUAAGUGUUUGCGGAUAGAGCACAGCGCUGGGCCAAAUUCCAGCCUGGUGACCUAACCUCCCUCAGGGCAGGAACUGCUGCUGUCCCCUGGGAGAUGACUAGAAAGCAGAGUCCCUCCAACUGAGCAGUCAGUGGUGAAAUUUGGCUCCUGGAGAGGUGAAGGAACAGUUGUACCAGUCAGUCAGACCCUUCCUUUCUCACCUUCCUCCAUCUCCUAGUUAUGCAGACAGACAAAUGCCUGUGAGCUGAUUGCCAUUUGACCAUGGCUGAUGACCUUCUUCGCUAUGAGGGUGGUGAGGCAUUCUUAACAGGUUGCUCAGAGAAGUUGUGGAUGCCCCAUCCCUGGAAGUGUUCAAGGCCAGGCUGGACGG